GAAAGUAGGGUUAUUUUGAAGAGGGUUGUGUUUGGUAUAAUUAUUAAUAAUCCUGUUUUAACAGUUUAGUUUAUAAUAAUUUAAUCUACAAGUGUCAACUGAUAAUUAAGAUGCAGAAGGAUCAAUUAUUUAAUUUUCGUAAAACAAUUAUAUUGAUAUGAUAAUUUUGUAAAGAAAGUUAUUUUGCGUUUUUAUCAGUCUUUUAAGACAUUUUGGGUAGUAAACCAGAAAUGUUAUGUUGACUUACACUUGGGAAAUAGGAUCGCUAGCAACUAACAAGUACUUUAAAGGAGAUGAUAUACAGAAGAUUAGUGUCAUUCAGUCAUUGCCUCAGCUUUUACAAUCAAAUGCACAAGCAGUGCAUUCUCGCGUUAUUCCAAAAAUUCAGCAGGAUUUACCAAACUCCUCAUCUGAAUUUAACAUUAUAGUCAGUAAAACAUAUAAAGCAUUGAUUCAAAAAAAAAUACCAAUUGAUGCAAUGAAUGCAGUAUAUCAAGGAAUUGAAUCGCGAGAUCCAGUUGUUUCUAAUGCAUGGUUUGAUACAUUAAUUGAUGUUGUAAACGUCCUUGAUGAGGCACAGGUAAAAGGAAAGGUUCUGCCAUUUGCUAGAGAUAAAUCUAGUUUAAACCAGCCACUUUAUCAUAGGGUAGCAAGCUGUAGAAUAUUUGGAGCAGCAGCCGGUUAUGCAAAGUUUUCAUCAGCAGACGUCAAAAGAGAAGUUUUACCUUCAGCUCAAAGCUUAUGUCAGGAUUGCCACCCAGAAGUCAGAGGUGCAAUAGCUACUCAAAUUCCACUUAUUAUGAAAGGAUUAGGCUCAAGCCCAGAAAAAUCUGUUUUACUUCCAUGUCUAGUGGAACUUGCCAAUGAUGAAAAAGUUCCUGUUCGAUCAGCAGCAGUAUCUGCAAUAGUUGGCUGUUUACCAUAUCUUACUCAUGAAACAGUUAAAGAUACUAUAGUACCACUAGUAAAGCGACUAUAUGAAAAAUACUUGGAGGCAACAGAUUCAACCACUGUUAUGUUGGCCAAGGAUAUGGGAGCUAUAAUGAGAACAAUAGAACCAUACUUAACUUCAUCAGUUGUUGAAUGGUAUUUGAAAACAUAUAAAACUCUAGCCGCCAAGGGUAAGCCAGCAUCUGUUCGAGAAACAUUAAUAUCUCAGGCAGUCAUGUGUAGAGAUCAUUGCGCAGCAAACUUGCCCACGUUAGCUGAAAUAACUCUGGUUAAAAUUCCAGACAAAUUUGAUUUGUUUUAUGCAACAUUCAAAAGUUUAGCGGGGGAUCCCUGUUAUAUCAUAAGGCGCACAGUAGCUGAACAUUUCCAUGAAGUUUCAGAUUUAAUAGGGAGCAGAAACAACACAUUGAAGCCAGAACUAAUUAAUUUAUUAAAAGAUGACGUUGACGAAAUCGUGCAGGCGUUAGUGAUGAAUUUGGAUUUGACUUUACAAUCAUUUACUACGCAACGUUACCUUUCGAAAAGAAAUUCGGAACCAAUGACUCUUGAAAUAGGAAAUGCUUUACUCAAAUGUCAAAAUCAUCUGGUGAAAGGCAACAAUUGGCGAUUACUAACUAAUUUUUUAAACAGAUUGCAGUACUUAACCAAUUGCAUGCCUUCUGACUACCUCCAUCAAAAUUUUACUCCUACAAUUUUAAAUAUUGCAACGGAAGGGAGAGCUAAGCCUGUAAGAUUAGAGGCUUGUCGCACCCUACUAUGGUUUUUAAGCAACAACGUCAAGGAAACGCAAAGGCAAUGGUUACGAGAUAGUUUAAUAUCAAAUCUAUGCUAUUCUCCGAGUUUUUAUUCCCGCCAAAUUUUCGUGAAGUUAUGCUCAGACGCUUUGGAAAUAUUCAACAGCAAAUAUUUCAAAGAUUACUUCUUCAUACCGCUUAUAUCACUGAUAGACGAUAAAAUACCAAAUAUACGUUAUGGUAUUGUAUUACUGAUGCCUAGACUUAGAUUGACUCUCACGACCCAAGACUCCGUUUUACAUAAACUCUACAAUAAUGCGUUACAAAAAUUAAAAUUCAACGAAAAGGAUAGAGAUGUGAAAAGAUGUUUUGAAGCUAACAAAAAAGAUCUCGAAGGGCCCAUAUCGCCAACGGUAUUAGAAAACAUGGCAAAACUAGAAAAAAAGAAACAGGAUUCAGAACAGACGAUGUAUCUUAGAAGAAUUAGUGAUACCGUAUAUCAAAAAACAACAUUACCCACCGAAAAUAUUAAUAAUCAGACAAUCAGACCUCCUACUGCUGCAAGUGGGAACAAGCCUUCAAAUAACAAUAUAGUAAGAAGUACUAAUGAGAAAACGCCAACGUCAAACUUAAGUACUCCUAAAGUGACUUCUUCUAAUACAAAAGGCGACAUGACAUUCCUAGAACAGCAUUUUUACGUAGACGCAGGCAUUGUAUUUCCAACUAGUAGUAGUAGUAGUAAUAGUAGUAAUAAUAAUAACAAUAACGAUUGUUCAACAUCGGUCAAAGUACACAAAGAAAAGGUCUUAAUAAACAAGCCCGAUCAGCAGGUAACUUUAAACGUAACCGACGAUGACAAAUAUAAAAUUAGAAUGAAAAGUCUCCAAUUAAAUUAUACAAAUAUUAAUGACACCCGGGGUAUCCCAAAUAAGCGUCAUUCGAGUUUUUACCCUUCGGAGGGCUUCGGGAGCAUCAAUGAUAAAAUCGAAAAGCGCAAAAGUCUUGAUAUAACAUUAAAAGAAAAUAGCAAAAUUCCAGUGUGCUUAAAAACCAACACUCUUCGUCAUGAUAAAUCGAUGGAAGCUUUCCGAAAGUUAAAUGUAAAAGCUAUAAAACCUAAUGUGACGACUAACAGUCAAAGUAAAUGUAUUUCAUCAUUGGAUACCAAGAAUACUUCAAACAAAAGCAAUUCAUCAAAAGAAAAUAGAUAUCGAACGUCGCUACUUCCUGUUGCGAAGGUGUAAGUAAAUAAAGUGCAAAAUAACUUUAAAAGUAAAAAACUGAACAACAAGAAAACAUACGGUUACAGCCAGUUAGUGAUUAGUUAGUAACUCACUAAAUAAAAAACUAAGUAAACAUGCUUUAAGUUUAAUCAUUUGGUCAUAACUGGGACAUCGGAUACGUAAGUCAGACUGGUUGAUUAUUUACUGAAGAAUGAGAGAACAUAAUUUUUUUUUAAUAAUAAAUACGAAUUUAACUUGUUGCGUGGAUUUAGUACUGAAUAAAUUAGUUUCAACAGUAAUUAUACAAUUUUACAUUUUAUGAAUAUUUCGUUACUUAACGCUGUAAGUUUGUUUUUGUGUUGUAACAAUUUUACUUACCGCUUUUAUAAGUUUUUGUAAUAAGUUGAAAUGUUUGUAGAAUUUGUAUUUAAGUGGCUGCUUAAU